AUUUGCCAAUUGGUUGGUUAUUGACUUGACCUUUAAUGAUGGCAGUCAAUAACAAAAUAGCAGAAGGAACAGCAUGACGCUUCUUUUCUGAUCCCAUCCAAUUUCCAUAUUCCAUAUAUAAAGUUAUCUAAGAAUUGAAAUUCCACCAUCAAACAACCUUCAAUUCCUCAUCAAAAUGAAGUACAUUUCCCUCAUGUUACUUGCAUUUUGGUCUAUAAAUAUCCACCUGUUUUCUCUCUUUACACUAAACACACUAUGGUUUAGUUCAAAUAUGACUGUCAUUGCUUCGGGAAAUGAGACUGAUCAUUUGGCAUUGUUCAAUUUCAAAAAAUCCAUAUCAAAUGAUCCAUAUGGAAUCUUGUUCUCUUGGAAUACUUCCACUCACUUUUGUAACUGGCAUGGAAUCACAUGCAAUCUCAUGCUUCAAAGAGUUACAGAGUUAAACUUGGACGGAUACCAGUUGAAGGGAUUCAUAUCUCCUCAUGUAGGCAAUCUCUCUUAUAUGAGAAACUUGAGCCUCUCAAACAACAACUUCCACGGGAAAAUCCCACAAGAAUUAGGACGGUUGUCACAACUGCAGCAUCUCUCCAUUGAAAAUAACUCAUUGGGAGGGGAAAUUCCUACAAACUUGACAGGUUGCACUCACCUCAACAGCUUAUUCUCAUAUGGGAACAAUUUGAUUGGCAAAAUACCAAUUGAAAUUGUCUCACUUCAGAAGCUUCAAUAUUUGAGCAUUUCUCAAAACAAGUUAACCGGAAGAAUCCCAUCUUUCAUAGGAAAUCUUUCAUCCCUAAUUGUUCUAGGGGUGGGUUAUAACAAUUUAGAGGGAGAAAUUCCACAAGAAAUAUGUCGUCUUAAAAGCCUGAAAUGGUUAUCAACAGGUAUCAACAAACUGACUGGAACAUUUCCUUCUUGUCUUUAUAAUAUGUCAUCUCUUACUGUACUGGCAGCUACAGAAAAUCAACUUAAUGGCACUCUCCCACCAAACAUGUUCCACACCCUCCCCAAUCUCCGAGUAUUUGAAAUUGGUGGCAAUAAAAUCUCAGGUCCAAUCCCACCUUCCAUCACAAACACAUCUAUCCUUUCAAUACUCGAGAUCGGUGGCCAUUUCAGGGGACAAGUCCCAAGUCUGGGGAAGCUACAAAAUCUUCAAAUUCUAAAUUUGUCUCCGAACAAUCUAGGUAACAAUUCAACUAAUGAUUUGGAGUUUUUAAAUUCAUUGACAAAUUGUAGUAAGUUGCAAGUGUUAUCUAUAGCCCACAAUAAUUUUGGAGGUCAGUUGCCAAAUUCCUUGGGCAAUUUAUCCACCCAACUUAGUGAACUAGCUCUUGGGGGUAAUCAGAUAUCAGGAAAAAUUCCUACUGAAUUAGGAAAUUUGAUUAACUUAGUUCUCUUGGGUUUGGAACAGAGCCAUUUUCAAGGGAUUAUCCCAAGUGCUUUUGGGAAGUUUCAAAAAUUGCAACUUUUAGAAUUGAGUGCAAACAAGCUUUCAGGAGAUUUACCAGCCUUCCUAGGGAACCUCAGUCAAUUGUUUCAUUUAGGUUUAGGAGAAAAUAAGUUAGAAGGAAAUAUUCCUUCAAGUAUAGGAAAUUGCCAAAUGUUACAAUAUCUAUAUCUUAGGCAAAACAACCUUAGAGGAACCAUACCCUUAGAGAUUUUUAAUUUGUCAUCUCUAACACAGGUGUUGGAUUUGUCACAAAACUCAUUGAGUGGUAGUAUCCCAAAAGAAGUAAACAACCUAAAAAACAUCAAUUUGCUAGAUGUGUCUGAAAAUCAUUUGUCUGGUGAGAUUCCGGGAACUAUCAGAGAAUGCACAAUGUUGGAGUACCUCUAUUUGCAAGGGAAUUCUUUACAAGGAAUCAUACCAUCCUCUUUGGCAUCACUCAAAAGUCUUCAACGUUUAGACUUGUCACGAAAUCGCUUGUCUGGAUCAAUUCCUAAUGUUCUGCAAAAUAUGUCUUUCUUAGAAUAUUUAAACGUGUCUUUUAACAUGUUGGAUGGUGAGGUACCAACUGAAGGUGUCUUUCAAAAUGCAAGUGGGUUAGUGGUUACUGGAAAUAGUAAGCUUUGUGGAGGUAUUUCAAAACUGCAUCUACCACCAUGCCCUGUCAAAGGUAAGAAACUUGCAAAACACCAUAACCAUAAGUUUAGGUUGAUAGCAGUGAUAGUUAGUGUGGUUGGUUUUCUUCUCAUACUGUCAAUUAUUCUAACUAUCUACUGGGUGAGGAAAAGGAGUAAAAGACCAUAUUUAGAUUCACCAACAAUUGACCAGCUGGCUAGAGUUUCAUACCAAAGCCUACACAAUGGAACUAAUGGGUUCUCAGCUACAAACUUGAUAGGGUCUGGAAAUUUUAGCUUUGUCUACAAAGGAACUAUUGAGUUAGAAGAAAAAGUUGCUGCCAUAAAAGUCCUAAAGCUUCAGAAUAAAGGAGCUCACAAGAGUUUCAUUGUUGAAUGCAAUGCACUUAAAAAUAUUAAACAUCGAAAUCUGGUUCAGAUUUUGACAUGUUGCUCCAGCACAGAUUACAAAGGUCAAGAAUUUAAAGCUAUAAUUUUCCAGUACAUGACAAAUGGAAGCUUAGAUCAAUGGCUUCAUCCUAGCACAAUAAGUGCAGAGCAUCCAAGAACACUGAGCCUCAACCAAAGAUUAAAUAUCAUGAUUGAUGUUGCUUCUGCAUUGCAUUAUCUUCAUCAUGAAUGUGAGCAAAUGAUCAUUCAUUGUGAUUUAAAGCCAAGCAAUGUCCUUCUUGAUGAUGAUAUGAUUGCUCAUGUGAGUGAUUUUGGCAUAGCAAGACUUAUCUCAACCAGUAAUGGUACUAAUUCUGAGCAAGCAAGUACAAUUGGAAUAAAAGGGACUAUUGGCUAUGCUCCUCCAGAGUAUGGAGUGGGUUCUGAGGUGUCUAUGAAUGGCGACAUGUACAGCUUUGGGAUUCUUAUGUUGGAAAUGCUUACUGGAAGAAGACCUACAGAUGAAAUCUUUGAAGAUGGUCAAAAUUUGCGUAGCUUUGUGGAAAAUUCAUUUCCUGGUAAUCUUUCACAGAUUUUGGACCCAUCACUUGUACUAAAACAAGGAGAAGCACCAAUAGAAGAAGAAAACAAUCAGAAUAUUAGUCCAGUUGUUCAAAAGUGCUUAGUUACACUCUUUAGUAUAGGACUUGCUUGUUCAGUGGAAUCACCAAAACAAAGAAUGAAUAUGGUGAAUGUAACUAAAGAGCUGAACAAAACCAAAAGAGCCUUUCUUACCGGUGUUGACGCUUGAAUAAUCAAAGUUGAGGUCAAAUGUCACACACAUUUCAACAACUGAUCUGUUGGCCAUAUUUUGUACUGUCUAAUUAUAUUCCCAAUUAUCUACUCAUAUGAAUGAAUCAUCCAUCCUUCAAGUAACAUCUCUCAUAUAUACUUAAUGUAUGUAUAAUCAUUAAUCCAUUUGAGAUUCUGAGUAAUAGACUUAUUCUACUUCCUUUAUUUUUA